AUGAACCUAAACGCAUAUGGAUUUUCCGGCCAGACCGCCAGUAACGCCGGUAACGGCGCCGUCGGGGCGGCGGCCGGCAGCAAUCAACCGCAGCGUCGUAUGCACCCUAUCCGCCCGGUGACUAUAAAACAGCUGCUGGAGGCGCAGCGUGUCGGUGAGGGUGUGAUGGUUGUCGACGGCCGCGAGGUCACGCAGGCGACUGUCGUUGGUCGUGUGAUCGGCUACGAGGACGACACGACCAACCGAGUUACCGGCGCCCUCACCGCGAAGCACUACGGUUAUCGUAUCACCGACGGCACUGGUCUUGUUGUGGUGCGUCAGUGGAUGGACGCGGAUCAUCAGGAGGAGCCCCUUCCCGUGCAGUGCUACGUGCGGGCCUCUGGCACCGUCAAGGUGUGGCAGAACGCCCCCAUCGUGACCGGCACCGUGCGCCUUGUCUCCGAUUGCAACGAACUCAACUACCACUACCUCGAUGUCAUUCUCACACACCUGCGACUGACGAGGGGCGACAAACACGCGAAGGAAGAAGGCGCGGUCCCGGCUGUUAGCAACACGGCGAGCACGCUAGGGGUACAAAAUAUGCUGCCGGGUGGCGGGGGCAAAGUUUUCGCAACGGACGUGCUUCUGAACGCGAUCAAACAAAACGCGCGGGGUGAUGCGGGGCUCUCAAUGGAUGAACUUGCCGCUGCGGCACGGCAGUAUGGGUUUAGCGUCAAUGAUGUCCGUGUUGCGUUGAGGACACUGGCGGCGGAGGGAAGCGUGUACCAGACGCACGACAACAGGUUUAAUAUUUAG